AAUUUCGGACAAAAUUCGUGAUAUUUGAUGCAAUUAACCCUUAAAUAUAUUAAAUCAGCUGCAAUAUAUAUGAAAUAUGAUGGGAGGAUGAAACUAUAUAUGAGAAUUUUAAUUUAGUACUAACAAACUAGUAGUAAUAAUUAGUGGUACUAUUGCUCCCACUUGAUAGAUGCUCUCUCUUCCUCACCGCAGACAGUUGUUUUCUUUGUGAAUGAUGGCGGACGACGGCGGCUGCGGGCGGUGUUGCUUCAGCUUCGUCCUGACCUCCGGCCUGAGUGCCCUGUUCCUGUGGCUGAGCCUCCGCACCUACAAACCCAGCCUCUUCAUCCAGGAUUUGUACGUCCCCGGCCUCAAUUCAAGAAACAACCACACCAUCUUCUUCCAACUCACGCUCCGCAACCAGAUGAAAGACAAGGGCGUGGGCUACGCUAACAUCAGCCUCAGCUUCCUCUACAACUCCACGCUCCUCGUCGCCAACCACACGCUGCCCGCCUUCUACCAGGGCCACGCUAAGACUGCCCACCGGAAAGACUCGGUCAACGCUGCCGCCCUUCCCUGGCCGCCCUCCAACGGCACCGUCAGCUUUAGGGUGAGGGCGGCGACGAGGGUGAGGUCCAAGAUUAUGCUGUGGUUCACCAAGAGCCACGCGCUCGUCGUCGCCGCCGACGUCGAGGUGGGCGCCUCCGGCGAGAAGGUGAAGAAGAAGUCGAUCAAGUUGAAGUCCGGCGUGGCGGAUCCCGGGAGUCGGUGGCUCAGAAUGGGGGUUGCUAAUGCUAUGCUUUUCGCUGUCUUCAUCUUCUAAACAUUUUACUGUUAUUAUUAUUAUUGUUUUUACUAGACUUAUUUGCAAUUUAAUGCCCAAAGAUUGGGGUCAGUUGUAAUUUAGUUCUAACGAUUUGGGGGCUCGAAAUGGGGUGGGUGUCCUACCCACAAAUUGCGUA